CUAAAGAAGAAGACAUUUCUAAAAGAGGAAGUGCUGUUUCUACAGAACAUGGACCAGAGACAAUAAUGUAUUAUUUUUCUAACAAGAGUAAAUAUUGCUAACUUGCAGCUGAUGGUGUAGCAUCCUGACUGCAUUGAUAUGAAGCCUGUGAUUAAAAAGGACGAGCCAGAUUGUGAACAGGAGCAUUCAUCAGAACUGACGCUUGAGGAGUCUUUUGUGGGAGUUCUGGGGUCAGAGGUGACCACAAAGGCCCCAGGUCCCACCAAGGAGGGUGAAGAGAUUCUGGUGCUGAGCAAAGUGGAGGAAGUUGGGUACUUUUGCCGUAGACUGAAUUAUACAAAGAAGUAUAUUCAGGUGUCUGAUGAAAGUCCUUCAGAUACGGACACAAACACAGAACUAACUGUCUCUCCUCCCUCAAACAGACGUAAGACUCGUGGUAAAAAAUUCAGCUGUAAACUAUGUGGUGUGGAGUUCUGCCGCAGAUCAAACAUGGUGCGUCACAUGCUAAUACACACAGGAGAGUCUCCGUACAGCUGUGAACUGUGUGGCAAGGCGUUCCAACGUUCAGACUGGCUUAAAUCGCACUUCAAAAUCCACAUGGGUGAAAAACGACAGAGAGCUAAGCACUUUGUUUGCGAUCAGUGUGGGAUGAAAUUUAAUACCUCUGCCUCACUCCAAAGUCAUAUAUGGAAACACAAUGGUGAGAGACCACUAUCCUGCCCGCUCUGUGAGAAGACGUACUACAGAAUGCGCACUCUUAGACAGCACCAAAAUGAUUGUCACUCUGGAGAGAAACAGUUUUAUUGCUCCUUGUGUGGACACAGCUUUGCACGCUAUGAUACACUGCAGAAACACACACGGAUUCACACUGGAGAGAAACCGUUCUCCUGUUCAGAGUGUGGAAAAACAUUUAGUUACAAAUACUCGCUGUUAAUGCAUAAAAAACUGCACUCAGACAAAGGUUGAUGGGAGUAAAAUGUAUUUGGUUAUUAAUUUAUAGGGAUGUCCCGAUACCAUUUUUUUUUUUUUAGAAAGAGUAUUUCAAUUUUAGCAUCAAAAUUUUGUUUAAAUAAAUUCAAACUUUAAUGAAAUGAAAGUAUAACAAUUAAUUUUCAAAAUGAAAUUGUGUUAUUUUUUUAUCAAAUGAAGUGAUUUUAUACAGAAGCUUACAGCACAAUCCUAAAUAUAACAUUGGAGUAUUUUUGUCAAAUAAAGUGCUGCAUAAUAGAGCA